UAUAAAUUUUAUGUAUGGCAUGAGUUUUCUAUUAUAUACCGCGACAGGAAGUAUCUGAAAAAGUCUAUUCCGGAAAAUGAAUUCGCAUUAAUUAGCCGACUGCUCUCAAGCAGCGUUUAACUGCUUUCGUAUUAGUAAGAUCUUUCCAACUCAAGUACGCAUUAAAAUUUAUAGUAGCCUAUAUAUCCAUUACUGCGACUGGCGACGACUUUCUGCAACCACUUUGUGCUAAAAAUGUGACAUUUAAAGAGAAGAAUAGGCAAAACACGGAUGGUAUGUAUACACGCUUCUGGACUCAGUUUAAUGUGAUGACUCGAUCAAGGUACUUAUUAUUUGUAACCAUUAUUAUAGACAUGAUUGCUGUCCCCACAAAUCAGAGAUGAUUAUAUAAAGAUAUUUGUAAAUAUGCGUUAAGCUAUCCCCAACUUACUUAGAGUUGCCAACUUUGGGCAGCUGGCUGGCGUGAGAUUUUCAAUUCCAGACAAGUCUGCACACUGAUUUACAUGUGGGCUAUGUAACAGUCUUAUUAAUUGUAAAUAGUCAGCCCCGACGCUGUUGAUCUGGAUAAUUUUAGGUUUAUAAUGGAAUAAUACAGAUUUGCCGCAAGAUUUCUUUUGUGAGUUGGUGAGUCUGAAAGCGUGAGCGUCACGCCAGAUGCGGGAGAGCUGGCAGCUCGGCUUAGUUCUGGCUGAACUUCUUGUUUCUAAAUCUGCAUUUCAAUAUCUGGAAAAUCAAUCGCUAGAAAAAUUGUGUAUUUUAAAAAAAAAUACUAUUUAAACGUACAUAUUAUUUAUUCCAUCCAUCCAUUUUCUAAACCGCUUAUCCUACUGGGUCGCUGGGGAUCCGGAGCCUAUCCUGGAAGCAAUGGGCACGAGGCAGGGAACAACCCAGGAUGGGGGGCCAGCCCAUCGCAGAGCACACUCACUCACACAUGCACACCUACGGGCAAUUUAGCAAGUUCAAUUAGCCUCAGCAUGUUUUUGAACUGGGGGGGGGGAAACCGGAGUACCCGGAGGAAACCCCACGACGACAUGGGGAGAACAUGCAAACUCCGCACACAUGUAACCCAGGCGGAGACUCGAAUCCGGGUCCCAGAAGUGUGAGGCAAGAGUGCAACCACUGCACCACCAAGCCGACGCAAUAUUACUUAUUAUUAAAUAUUAUUUAUUAUUUUAUUGUUUAGGAUUUACCUGUAAAGUAACGAAUUAUUCUGGACAGCGUGUAGCCUAUUUUGACUGUGAGAAGAAACUGGAAAAAUAAAAGAAAACCAACGCGAAGACCAUGCGAAUGCUCCCGAUUCUGAAAACGAUUAACAACCAUUAUCAGUCAUUAUAAAACAGUUGCAUGGUUAUAACAUACCUGUGAGUUAACUAGCUUGUUUAGGAAAUUUUAUUGUCUGGUAAUAACAAGUCCAAACAUUGCCACCAAGAGGAGAUUCAUUCAGAUCUCAGCAAAACAGAUGUGGCAGAUUUGGAAAUGGAAAGUUUGUAAAAUAACGUAAACGCUGGACAGCAUGAUGUUUCAGAGGGUAGCACUAUAGCUGAACGCCAUUAGGGUUGGGGUUUGAAUCCUACGUGUAAGUGCUUUCCAUGGCCUUUCUCCCGCACUCAGAAAACAUGCAGUUAGACAAAUGAACAUCUCUGAAUCGGCCAUAAUGUGUACGUCUGUCUCUGCCCUGUCCACCAAUGUUUCUUCCAGGCUGUUCCCCCAUCCUUAGUAUAGGAUAGGCUCCAAUAUAACAAGGGUCAGAGGAGGCGUCGCCCCCAUCCAUAUUUCCCUUGUAUCGCUCACAAAACUGCUCAGCCAAUCAGAAGGCCUUCCACCAUUUAUUUCAAUUAUUAGUGGUCAACUAGGUAGUAUAAAAAUGCCUAUGUAAAACCAGGAACAUAACGCAUGGCAUAAUAAAACUAUAGCAAUGUUUUUAAAUGAGAUAUCAUAUAUAAACCUAUAAAAUUGUUGAAGUCCUGCCAAUAUUUCUGAUUCCCCCCACCCAAGUCAACUCAAUAAUAGGCUUGGGCUUCAGGUUCACUAUGACCCCAUCCUGGAUAAAAUGUAUUGGAGAUGGAGGAAGGUGGCAUGUUCUUUAGCGCUCUAAACCAUUGUACCUGUGAUCUGAAGCUGCCAGUUCAAGCCCUGCGUCAGCAGAAUAGUCACAUGUGCAGCGGCCCCUGAGCUCAGUGAGCACCUACAUGCAUGUCAUUGAGAGCAUUAUGGGUUAGGAAGGAGUCAAUAAAAGUGCCACUGUUAUUAUUAUGGAUAGAGAAAUCAGUUAAUUUAAAUUAAACGUCAUGGUAUUUAUAUAUGCAAAAUGUAUGUGUAGAAUCAUAUAUGCAUACUAUCAUAAUGGCAAAAUACAUGUAUUAUAAAUAAUAUAAUUAUUGUGCACACAGCACUGUGACUGCACUAGAAAAACAGCAUUAUAUACAAAGAUUAUAGCAGUAAAAUUUCUGUCAUUGUUAUAUGUGGAAAAGGAGAAAAUAACUUCUUACAAAUAAGUAUAAUUGUAAAACACAUUAUGUGCGAGUAAAUCGUUAUAUGGAAACAGAUGAGUUAGAGGGGUUAGGUAUAUUAUCUGCACUGUAGUGUCAGUGCAAAGAUGUUUUGAACAUAUGAUCGUGUGUAUUAUCUGUGCGUCUCUACUAUUUUGGUCACAGCAAACUUGGAUUAUAAUAAUUCCAUUAUUUAACGAAAAUUUCGACUAGAUAUUCAUAUUUUCUAUAAAAAAUGGCAUCCUGUUUCCCUCACUUCCUCAGGAACGUUCGAAUUACAGCUGCAACCUAUUGUGUUUUCCUGUGUCUCUGCCGCCCUCCCUCCUACACUCUCGGAUGCACAGUUUUGUAUUUCUGCCUAUUUUUUUAUGCAGCGCUAAUACGAUCUUUGAAAAAUUAGCAGCCAUCUGUGGACGGCAGAGAGAAUAGUGGGAGCUGACUCGGGAAAAUGACUGAACAAAGCAGAGGCAGAUUUGCGUCAAUCACAUAUUUAAAAAUAAGGAAUGAUAAAUAUUAAACUAUUGAGCAGACGAUUUUAAGGCGGUAAAGGUAAUGGAUUUUCAGUCUUUCAAUCCAAAAUCCACAAUAAUUUCAAUAAAUAAUUGAAUGAUAUCUGCUCUAAUCAACCCUUCUCAUCCAUCAGUUCGUGUUAACACAAUUGGGAGUAUAUCCUUGACUAUUUGGUGGAAAUGCACAUUUAAGUGCUGCUAUGAGGUACAAAAAAAGAAGAAUAUGAAUAUGAAAGAGUAAUAGAAGUGGGCUCCCAGUCCCGUAAAUACGAAUCUCGGAGCUGAUGCAUCGCCUGCUGAAGUGUGGAUUACUUCCUUUGCCGACUGUAACUGCGCGCUCCCAAGUCACUGAACAAAACCCGCACUGUACUGUAUAUGUAACUGCACUGUGUGUGAAAAAUGGCGAUCUGCGCGCGGAGGUGGGAAACUGACCUAGAAUGGGCUGUAGAGUUACAGCUGAAGCAGAAUAAAUUUCUGAGUAGAAAUUUUUUUAUUUAAAAAAUUAACACUUGAGUAUAAAGUAAAUACAUUUUAAAAACAAAAAUCACAUAGCGUUGUGUUAUCCCAAAGCCUUCAAUGAAAAUACUUCAAUUUAUAGUCGCUGAAAAUAAAACCCAUAAGUUUGUGUACAGGAGAGGUCCUUUUGGGGAAAAAACGCAUAUACUCAUGGAUAAAUGCUACGUACGUGGUGUAUUUGCUGACAAGAAAAGCAGAGUAUUGACCAGGAGGGGGUUUAAAGAACGUGUCGACAUGCUGCAACACCCACGGGUGACCCAAGUGUUCAUGGAGGGGGGUGGGAAGAACAAUAUUCGACUGUACACUGUCGUCACAAAGCUGGACUGUAUACUACAUUCCUCACUCCGGCUUACAUUUUGUGUCGCUUCAGUAAAUGUAACGUCUUGUAACUGGAAAUACACUGUUAACAGCGUAACAAUGUAGGCAUCGUAUGCGAGUUUUCACCUAUAGGAAGUGACCGUGGGCUACUAACAUAUUUGGCUACAUCCUCCCAUAGCCUGUAAAUCAAUAAGGAACAGUCGGGCAAACCGGAAAAGGCGAUGCCCAAUAAAGGUGUGCAUGCUUUAUAGGUGUCUGUCCACGUUUGCGUUAUCAUUGGUUUUUAGGCGAAUUGCAUCAUUGGGGAAUCCCCAACUUCAAGUGCGUCACUCUUUAAAUGCAGCACAUCAAGUCGGAAACAGCCCACGCGCCUCCCACAGACAGGGGCGCACAGCUCCAGAACGAGUCAGUUCGCUUGCUGAUUUUUGCCUAUGAUGAAUAAAAACGAGUAAAACCACCGGUGCGAGUAUUUAGUUCAAUAUCCAUCACAUAUAACUUUAGUCUGUGCAUAAUUUAAGCUGCACAAUUUCAUUUAUGUGGUCCACAAAUAUUUGGCAUAGAGUGUAUAAGUAGUAUUUUUCUGGGUCUUUAUUAUUACCAGUAUGACAAUGACUGAUGUUGUUUAGAGAACCGAAAUGCUUAAUUAUAACGUGCCGUCUUCGAAUGGCCCUUGACACCCCAUUUUCUGCGAACUCUCUUAGUAACGCGCCUCUCCACCCGGGAAAGGAAGGCUCUUUUCGGUCAGAUGGCGCUCUGCAGUCCGCCCCCGGGUCUCCCGCGCCCACACAUCCAGCAAAAGGUUACUACAAACAAUGAAGUUCGUCAAGGGAGGAAGGCAGCUAGCUAUGCAGGCAAGCACAGGCAAACAGGCGUUUUAAGUGUGACGAAUAAGUAGAGGCAAUAAUCAGACUGGUCGAUUAAUCUUUUAAUACAAAAUAAAAGGAAAUUAAUAUAACUUUAAAAGUAUCGCGUCGCCAAUUUUUUUUUCUCUCGAAUUAAUUUUCCCCUAAGAGCGGCCAUACAGCCAUCUGUCAGCGAUGGGAGCGUCUGUAAGUUGUGGGACUUCAGCGACAUACGGUUCCAAAGCUGAAGGGCGUUAAAGCUCAACGCUGCCUAACGCGACAGCGGCGCGAUAGACGGUGAUCUUACAAGGCAUUAGAAUACAGCCAGUGCGUGUUUGAGACCUGGACCCCACUCCAGGAGAUCCUGCUGAGAUCACUGAACGCACGGAGGUCCCCUCUGUCACUCACCAUCAAGCUGUCGGACUCGGACGAGGUAAGAACUGUGUAUUUUAAAUCCAGAAGUACUUUUUAAAUAUCCGUCAGGUAGACUUGAAUUUUAAGAAAAUAACCUGCGUUUAAAACCCAAGCCCCAGUAAAAAAAAAAAAACGCAUUUUAGUAGACCGAUAUCCUCUUUUUAUGGAUGCAGGAUUGUUUUUAUAAUGCCAAUGAUUUGAUGGCUAUACCUCCAGAAUAUGAAUUUAAAUACUCAUAAAUUGCCGAAGGCUGAUAUAUGGUUCUGAAUUCCGCAAUUCAGAAAACACCCGUAAGUUAAUGCGUUAGCCACGACUGCGAUUCAUUCUCGGGUUAUAAUUUGACUGCAAAAGGCAUAACGAAAUUAUAGUAUGUUUAAAUGUGCUGUUUACAAAUACGAUUCAUAUAUAGAGUAGCGACAUUUAAGUUAAAUAUUUCCUAUGCAAGUCAGCUACUUCUAGUUUGGGGAGGUGAAUAAAAAUGAUUUUUAAAAACUCUUUAAAUAGUUUGUCAUCUUUGCGAUGUAUGUCUUAGGUUUGUAACCUGAGAGAUAUCUCCGUACAGUUAUAUUUUUUAUGAAUUUUUAAGCGUGAUAAAAUGUUAACCAGUCUUGGUUCAAUAAUAAUAAUAGUAAUAAUAAUAAUAAAUUACAACAAGAACAACAAUAAUAAUAAUAUUUUUCCAGGAUUGAAUAGGCUCUGCUUUUGAUAUUUCUGACUACAAGGUUAAUAAUGGUCUGGCAUAUUGACCUUUAGAUUUGAUUAAAUAAAUAAAUUCAAUAAAUUCUGCUCUAGACAUGGCAAUAAUGUGCCAUGAGCUCUGGACCAGAAAGCUGGACCCCACAGCAGGACCAAGGAACGAUCACAAAAAAGGCGAAACAGCUCAUAAAGAUUCUGAAGUAUCACGUGGACCCAAACAUCACAGCGUUCAAAAAAAAGAGUAAAACAUUUCUGUGUGUAAUGAGAGCCAGGAGAUGUUUAGGAGCCAAGAUCAAGUACUCUAAAUGGUUUGUUUUUGUGGUUUUAUUUUUAAUUUUGACUAUUUGCAGUAGCAUAGCGUCAAACAUUAUCUGUAGCAAACCACUAUCCUCCCACACCUGGGCAUGGCUAGACUGUGUUGUUGGUCACUUGAAAUCAGAUAUAUUUAGUAAAGAGCUUGUAAUAAAUCUCCAAAGGACAAUGUACUAUAUUAUUCAUAUUUUGUCUUGCUGAUCUAGUUCUCUUCCUGCUACCGGUUCUUCCCUCAGGUCGCUAUGUCUCUGCCACGCACACUCGGGGAACUACAGCUGUACCGAGUGUUGCAAAGGGCCAACCUUUUGGCAUACUAUGACACCUUCAUCCAGCAGGGCGGCGAUGAUGUCCAGCAGCUGUGUGAGGCUGGGGAGGAAGAAUUUCUGGAGAUAAUGGCUCUGGUGGGUAUGGCCACCAAGCCUCUACACGUGCGGCGUCUCCAGAAGGCUCUCCGAGACUGGGCCGCCAACCCGGCGCUGUUCAACCAGCCUCUGGCCAAUGUGCCACUAAGCAGCAUCCCCCUCUUCAAGAUUGACACCAGUGGGAGCAGCGUGGGGGCGGGGACCAGGAAAUCUGUGAGCAAUGGGCAGCCGGGAUCUCCCUGUGAGAGGGAGGAACGGGUGUCCCUCACUCCCAUGCGGACCGGAAGCCCUAAAAGCCCAUCCUCACAGGCCUCCCCCCAACCUCCUGACAGCCUCUACAGGGACAAGCUGUCCCCUAUGGAGCCACACUGGCUAAAUCCAGAUCAGGAUGGUGGCAGUACAUCAGGGCCGAUGGUGGAGGAGGAACAGUCCAGCCCGCCGCUUCCCCCGGCUGCACCCUCGACUCCGCCGGCCUCUACUUCCUCCUGUGUCUCAGCCUGGCCCGGGGGACGGCUGGACCCGGAAAUGGUGCGACUGGUGGCGGACAGUGUGGGGCGGCACCUACGCACUGUCCCGAAGACUGAGCCAGGGGAGGUGAUGACUCUCCUCAACCUGAACAAGAAGCUGGCCAAAACCGUGGGCCACAUCUUUGAGCUAGGGCCUCACGACCCGGCCAAGGAGGAGGAGAUCCGCAAGUACAGCCUCAUCUACGGACGGUUCGACUCCAGGAGGCGGGAGGGCAAGCAACUGUCACACCAUGAGAUGCUGAUAAACGAGGCGGCUGCGCAGUUCUGCAUUUGCGACAACGCCCUGCUGCUGAGGCGCGUGGAGCUCUUCUCGCUGGCCAGGCAGGUGGCCCGGGAGUGCGCCUACACCUCCACGCUCAAGAAAGCCAGGACAAGUACUGAGGAAUGUGGCCUGCCGGUACAGAAGCGCAUGAAGCAGGAGGUGAUCGUAUCCGACUCCCCCCAUGACACUGCUGAGAGGCCCAUGAGGGGGUCAGAAGGUGGACACCAAGGAGUGUUAAGGCCAGGGACGGAUGAGGAGAGCCUGUCAGGGGAGAGUCUGGACGGCUCAUCACAAGACCUGGGCUCACAGUCCAGCCAUUCUCAACCCCCCUGCCCUGCUGUUGACAGCUCUGCUCACACAGCCUUAAGUCGCCACCUCGUGAGACAGGCGCUCAUGGAUGAGGGGUUGCGAUUGGCUAGGCUGGUGUCACAUGACCAUAUGAGCAAAGGCUGCCCAGGGACAAGGUGUAUUCAAACUACAGAGUUGGAGGACAAAGCUUUGGAGAAGGACGACUCAGAUAAACCUUGCAGAAGAAGCAGCUCCUGUGGCAUUAAAGAUCAUUCUGGAAAAGAGAAGAGCACUCUCUGAAAGACCCCCUCAGCCCCUCUCAUUUCCGUGCCGCUCUCCCCAGCAAUGUCUAUUUGGGCAGUAACACUUUUUUGGCUUUUAACACCAAACGCCAAGCGAUGCUUCAGCACAGAAAAGCAGGCCGCAGCUUCACCGCUGACCGCUGUCACAUGGAAGGGCGCGGAUUAGCACUUUAGCAGAUGGAUCUGAUCAUUUUAUUUUUUUGUAGGUUGCACAUCGCGACUCCAUAGGGACCCCGUUGCUGUUGACUUUUUUUACAGAAAUCUUCUUACACUGAUACGGAUCGAACUCAAAACCAGACUCUCACUGCAGAAACAUAGCAACGCAAGUUCCAUCAUACCGAUUCAUCACGUGUCUUUGUGGGCUCACUCCUGUUUGUUUUGUUUGUCUUUAAAAUCAGGAACUCCUGUCCCACUUGGCACAAAGAACCACCCAACUCUAGGUACCUUUCAUCCGACCAAUAACCAAUGACCAAUUUAAGGGGCAGCUUGUGGCUCUGUGGGCUAAACCUGUGUGCCUGUAAUCAGAAGGUCGCAGGUUCAAACCCAGCCUCAGACUGUGGCUCCUUGAGCGAGGCCAUUAACCUCCCAGCUCCCUGGGCGCCGCUACAGGUGGCAGCCCUUCGCAGACAACUUACUCUAUGAAAAAAGAGCAAGUUGUGGGAGGCAUAAAGACAAUUUACCUACGGGGAUCAAUAAAGUAUCGAUUAUUAUUAACAUGACAUCGUAUCUGGUUCAGGAUUUCCUUUCUAAUCUUGUUGAAGGAUGGUUUCUGUAAUAAAACAAACGCAUCAAAAUCAGUCAUCGAAUUUGCUCGAUAUAGAGUAUCAUGGCUAACAUAACGUUAAGCAACAACUGCUCGUUCUGCUUUCAUCAUAUUGUGGCGACGUCUUGGGAUGAUACGUUAUAGUAGUAGUGCUUUGCCCCCCCCCCCCCCCCCCAAUAGUAUUCAUUACUGAUUGACAGCUUAGGUGCCAUAGCAUUGAUAGAUGACAUCGCUGGCUGAACAGUUCGAAAGUGUCUGUGCGGUUAGUGUUUUGAAGGAAUCCUUUGAUUCUUUGAUACUUUAAGAUGCAUAACUUCAUGUUCUUUUAGAAAACAGAAUAGUCUUUUAUAAUGGAGAAUUACAUCCUUUAGGCAAAGACUCAGUGCGUUAUUAUUUGGUAGAUUGAGAUCGCAUGUUGUUUCUAUACUAUAACAACUCUGUCUUAUAGCAGAAAUCAUUUUCAAUUUAAAGUGAGCAUUGCCUGGGUGAUAACAUUUUUCAAUUGUAGACAACUAAUGUACAAAACAGACUAGGAGUUGUUAUCCGGUUAUGAAAUCUGCAAUCUAGAUGCUGUCUAAUGAAUUAACAGGGGCUAGUUAUGUUGGUCAUUUAGAAUAUGGGACUGAUCUAAUUGCUGGAAGACACGCAAAUCUCAAGUCUAAACACUAAAUCACUGAGUUUAAAACUGGGUAAAUGUUUAAGCCUGGUUGUAUGAAUCUAAAUCAAAUCUGUGUGAAAAGUGUAAAAAAUAAUUAUAGAAUGGAUAAAGGAUUCUUUGGCUGUAUCUAUAGUAUUAUGAAAAUGUAGCUUUUCAUGCAAAGUAACAGGACAGGCAUGUAUUUUAACUCAGGAUGUAAAGCGUCACUCGGCUCACAUCCUGCGUCUGGAUCGUUGAUUUUUCACCCAGGAAGCAUCUGGCCCGUACAUCUCAAUGCAUUGUAUUAUAAUGUAUAGAUUAUCUAUUUUGUUAAUUUUCAAUAAAAGGAUAUUUUACA